AUGUCUCAGUGCCCUGAACUCUUGAGCGGUGUCGUUGAUGCACUCCGUAACCCGAUCAAUGGAAAAGGUCCGAUUGCUUGCAAGGCGUGUCGCCGAGCUUCCUUGAAGGCCCCCGGUGUCUUGCCCCGUCAAACCGUCAACAAGCCUAUGAUGGCCGGUAUCAAGUCCAUCAACACAAAGUAUCCGAUUGCCACUGGACCCUCCAGCUCUCAAUUUAUUCGGAAUCAUAUACUCAGCAAGCUUUCAAUCGAAACCAGUCCUGCUGAGAUUGCUCUAACCUGGAGUUGCUCCACCGCCAGCACAUAG